AUCCGGGGUGCGGCAGCAUCGUAGUCUCCGAAAGUACGGUGCAGGGAAGUACCGGAGCGAUAGAACGAGAGCAUCUGGUCCGGCGGACAGAUGUCGUUGAAUGGUGACGGCUGAAGGAAAGGUCGAACAUGUUAGCACGUGCAUUUAUCGAAUUCUCCGUUUUAAUUGUGUCAAAAACAACAGCUAGGACCCCUCACUUUGGCGCAGGAAACUAUUUGCCAUUUCAGCAACUUUUCCCGUCCAAAGGUCCGAUUCAAAGCCGUCUUUUCGUCACCCGAAAUACGCGAAUUGCCAGAGGCCCAUGCUCGUCGCACUUUCCCCCCUCUGUCCACCACAUCUUGGAUGGCUCACGCACUUACAAUCAAUGCGCAAAGAUCGUCGAAGGAUGGCCUGCUUUGAUUUGUGUCACGACCACUCUACCUCGUGCGUAUCGCUUCCGUAUACGUUGUGAUGUAUCCUGCUGUGCCAGAAUUUUGAUUCUCCAUGCUGCCGCUUCAGUUCAGAGCCUAUGCUCUUCAACUCUGUUGUUUAGAAUGUCGUGCGAUGUCUGUCUCGAAUUUGCUGGAUCUCAUCCCGUGAUCGGCAACGCGGAGUUUCCCAGACGACGUUUUACGGCGUUUUGCCCUCUCUUAUGCUGAUGUUUAAUAGCAAUCAGUUCAUCGACUCGUCGGAGAGCAGAUGUCCCUCGAGAUCAGUCUAUCGCUAUCAUAUAU